GCUCCUCGAGCUUGAAAACAGCGGUCCCAAAAGAAACAAAAAAGCGACGUCGGCGCAGUGUGCAGCAGUUGCUGCAUCGCUUCUCACGCUUGUGAGCCUCUCCUUUCCAUUCGUGCGGCCCCAGGUCGUCUCACAAGCGUAGCCUGUGCAGGAGGGGGCAGCAGCCUGUGAGCAAACGCGGUACGGCAGCGGUGCGGCUAACAAAGCAGUCUUCACAACGGUAAAAAGCAUUCUCGCACAGCGGUGCGCUAGAAGCAGGCUACCGCAUCAUGAGCGCCUUGACGGACGGCGCCGAGGACAGCGGCGCGCGCGGCGACGAGCUCGAGGCGCUCGCCGCGAUCUUCGGCGCGGACUUUGAGCUCCUGCCGUUCGAGAUGGGCGCCGUCGCGCGGGUCGCGAUCGCCCUGGAAAGCGAGACCGCGAAAGCGGCGCUCGAGGCGCGGCUGCCGCGCGGCUACCCGUCGCAAGUGAAGCCCGAGUUCGCGGUCAAGGCUCUUGCCGGCGUCUCCGAGGCGCUGAGAAGGCAGCUGACGGAGACCGCCGCCGCGGCCGCCGCGCGGACGCCGGCGGGCGCGCCGUGCGUCUUCGAGGUCGUCGAGGCCGUCCGGGCGCGCCUCGAGGCCGCGCCGGCCGCCGCCGCGGCCGCCGCCCCGCCGUCACAAAACGACGCAUCCUUCACGUUCCACCCGGCCUGCCCGCAGUACGGCCAGCGCCCCGUCCGGUUCGACAGCGCCAGCGCGGACGAGAAAUACGCCGUGCCGAUUGUCGAAGGAGAGCCCGUCGUCGACCGCAAAUCGACGUUCAAGGCAUAUCUAGCGACGGGCGUUGAUUCGGAUGAAAAGGUCCAGUGGGCGCGGCGGAAUAUUUUAGGGAGGAAGAACGUCGCCAAAGCCACACAUAACAUGCUCGCGUAUCGCUUCGUGGACGGAGACGGCAUCAGUCACGCGCUGUGUGGAAAUCAACCAGUGUGUCGGCACUAAGUCAUUUUCGGCGAUGACGCGGCCGACCUGGCUCAGUCGAGCGGCGAGGAACCGGCAUCGCCACGCCAUCGAGCAGGCAUCGUGUCGAUGGCGUGGAGGACGACGCGAUGAUUCAGCACGAACGCGCCGUCAAAUUUUGAUUUCCACACAGGUCACGCGGACAACGACGACGACGGCGAGGACGGCGCCGGCGCGAAGAUGGCCUACGUCCUGAGCGUCCUGAACGCGGACAACUGCCUCGUCAUCGUGGCGAGGUGGUACGGCGGUAUCAAGCUCGGGCCCGACCGCUUCAAGCACAUCGCCAAGUGCACGCAGCGGAUACUCGAGGCGAACGGUGUCGGCCGACGAAAUAAUUAAAUGUGGAAAAAAAU